AUGUCAAAUAUUGCGCAAGACAAGAAACAAUUUCGCUCGAUUGUGUUGGGUUUGAAAAAACUGAAUCCCUCAUGGCAAGCUCCUGAUAUUUCAACAUUUCUUCAAGAAUCUGAAAAUCCGCCAUUAUUGAAAAGACAUGCACCUAUCAAAAGAGUUAAUAGAACAUUAAAGAGAGGUACAGUCGAAGAUAAACAAAGAUCAGGACGUCCAACGACGAUAGUAACUUCAACAUUUCAACAACAAGUGAAAAGAUCCAUGAGAUUAACAAAAGGUGCUUCUAUCCGGAAUGUGACAUCAGCCCUGAAUAGGCAAGGAGUUAAAUGUUGUGCGACCACUGUUCGAAACACUGCACACAAAUUAAAAUUAAAAUGGUAUAAAACAAAAAAGUCGCAAAAACUAACAGUUAACAACAAGAUUAGAAGAGUAGAAUGCACCAAGCGAUUAUUAUUGAAAUACGGAAUCCGAAAACAAGCAAAGAAAUGGAAAUGGGAUCGAAUAGUGAACACCGAUUUCAGUGGUAAAUUUACCCUAGAACCGUUUCAGAAUAGAAGAAAUGACGGUAUCUGGGCAGAAGAAGGAGAAGAAAUACCAUCAUCUUUAAUAAAUGCACCAACAGAGAAAUUUCAGAAAGGAAUCAUUUUUUGGGGAGCGAUUUCAUCACAAGGACUUAUUCCGGCGACGGCUCCAAUCAAUUUAACUGAAUGGUUGCGUCAACAACCAUCAAAUGGUAAAGGUCCACGAAUGUAUUUAACAGGUGAAUUAUACGGAAAAUUUGUGGCAGAAAAGGUGGCACCUGCAAUUCAAAGAGCUUUUGAAAAUACACAUUUACAGCCAAUUUUUCAAGAUGAUCAGGAUAGUAAACAACGAACAUCAUUUGCGAUGACUACUAUAGAAUCUUUUUUCGAUGAACGUAUUAGUCCUGAAGAUGAUGAUGCGAAAUUUGCCGAUGUUUGGCCGAUUGAGCGUGUAUGGGGCGCGAUAAAGGAGAAAAUACGGGGAAAACAGUUUAAAAAUGAAGCUCAACGGAAGAAGGAGAUUGUUAAACAAUGGAAAAAUUUUACUGCAAUUAAAUGUAAAGAAAUGAUCAAAAAGAUACCAAAUCGAUUGCGACAAAUUAUCGAUCAAGAUGGAGAACAGAUACAUGAUCAUUAG